CUUCCGUAUACGGGAGGGCCCGACCCAGAGGAACCCAUUCGUCCCACCUGCAUGCACCAAACAUGAGUUGACCCUAUCCAAGGGGUAAAAAAAAAAUCCAGGUGGCCGCAUACGCACGUCCGUUUCCACCCCUUGUAGUGCACGAGGUAGUGUAUGCCGCUGAACGCUGGUGAUUCCAUGUUUUGGGCUUCUAGAACCUUUGCUUCGUAGAUGAGGGGCCCGUGGUAGCAUAGGAUCCGUUCGCCGAUUUCGAAUGUGCCGGCCUGGGAGGAGGAGGGAUCAGAGGCCAUCGUGGAUAGGUUUUUGCCGACGCGAGGGUGAUGGUGGUCCGUGUUGAGGUGUAUUAGUGGCUGUGCGCGUUAUUUGCGUAAUGUGGCCCCCCUCCUCGUGGGAUGUAUCAGAGCGCGGUACAGUUAUUCCAUCGCUCUCCAGUGUUCCUUCUCGAUAUACGCCUAACUAUUUUUUACCCAGAGGCAGACGGAAGCUUCUUACCGGCGUUCCUAGCAUGAACUUGAAGAAUGCUCUCCUUUGCGUUGAAUCUUUCAUUCAGUCCUUGCAAGCCCAAGCCUUGGCACUCAAGGACAUCAUCGGGAGGGGGAUUCCAAAUAUGAUGCCCGAUGGCUAUGUCAGCACGGACGACGUUAACCUACAUCUGACUCAUGGAGAUGUACAAGUCAAGUUUUUACGGCGCUUCCUCCGGUCGUGUAUUAUUCAUCUGCUCGGAUGCGCCCGGCUUUCCUGGACGGAGAUAUGGAAAGCCUACCCUGCGCUCCGAAGGAGAUCUUAUUCUCCGAGGGAUCUACCACAUAUGCUAUACUUAGACCUCUUACCGAGGCUCGCUCGCCAUGUGUUUGAAGUAUUAGACAUCGUGGAGAAGAUACCUAUGUACAUCCAGUAUAUUCACGGUGUUGACGCUGGUCCUGCAGUGAGGCCCGACAUCCGUUCGGUACCCGGGUGGCGUAGUGAUUUAGGCAGGUGGCUCACACACUUGAGUAUUUCACCAGAAAGAGAUCUCCGCAUACGUCAAGGAGAAUAUGUCAUAUAUAGUCUGGGCUCAGUCAUCGUCCAUGGACGCGUGUCAAGAAAUGCAGCAGAGAAGGUGUACACUCGGCAUUUGGAGGCCCCAAAGACGAAGGAAAGGUACUUGGGUUACCCCGGGAAUCUAACAGGGAUAUUCCGAAAGCUUGUCUUUGCAGCUGAAAUUCUACCCAGGACGAACCUGGUGAAACCACCCCCCCUGAGCCCAAUGGUUAUCCGUCGUGAAUUGCAGGCAUCAUGA